UUCAACAGCCCCUUCACAUUAAAGAGGAAGAGGAUUAUCCACAGCCCACCUACAUUAAAGAGGAAGAGGAUGAUCCACAGCCUACCUACAUUAAAGAGGAAGAGGAGGAUCCACACAUGAAAGAGGAAGAGGAGGGAGAGUGUGUUGUAGGGCAGGAGGAGGAUGAUGUCAGCAAGUUUCCACUGACUGUUGUCUCUGUGAAGACUGAAGAGCAUGAAGACAAAGCACCUGAGUCCUCACAGCUUCAUCACAGUCCAAACGUCCAGCGGGUGUCAGCGGGGAGUCAUGAAGAGGAGUGGCACACCAGUGUGGGACAGAAGGAGCUACAGGCCCCCUCCCACAUUAAAGAGGAGCAGCUUCAUGAUGAAGAUGAAGCUCAGUCCUUACAGCUUCAUCACAGUCAAAGUGAGGAGAACAGAGGGGCGGAGCUUGUAAGUCAACACAUCACAGAAGCUGAUGGAGAGCAUUGUGAAGAUAUCAAGUCAGAACCAGACAGCAUCUUUGCUCCACUGUCAGACAUGGACCACAUGAUGUCACACUCUUCUGAUCACAGUGACCACAUCCAAAAACCUUUGGAGAGUAAAAAUGACUCUAAAGGUGAUACGAGACAUCACACUAACAACAAACACUUUGACUGCUCUGAAUGUGGGAAAUUAUUUAGAAAGAAGAGUCAUUUUACACAACACAUGAGAACACAUACUGGAGAGAAACCUUUUACUUGCGCUGUUUGUAAGAAGAGUUUCUCCAGAAAGGAACAAAUGACCAUACACAUGAGAACACACACUGGAGAGAAACCUUUUACUUGCUCUGUUUGUGCUAAAAGAUUCAACACUAAGAAUGACAUGAUAUUACACAUGAGAACUCACACAGGUGAGAAACCUUUUACUUGCUCUGUUUGUAAGAAGAGUUUCUCCACAAAGCGUAACAUGACCAGACACAUGAGAGCACACAAUGGAGAGAAACCUUUUGCUUGCUCAGCUUGUGCUAAAAGAUUCAACUUUAAGAGGACAAUUAUAUUACACAUGAGAACACACACAGGUGAGACACCUUUUACUUGCUCUGUUUGUAAGAAGAGUUUCUCCAGAAAGGGUGACAUGACCACACACUUGAGAACACACACUGGAGAGAAACCUUUUGCUUGCUCAGCUUGUGCUAAAAGAUUCAACACUAGGAAGAAAAUUAAAUUACACAUGAGAACACACACUGGAGAGAAACCUUUUACUUGCUCUGUUUGUAAGAAGAGUUUCUCCAGAAAGGAACAUAUGACCACACACAUGAGAAUACACACUGGAGAGAAACCUUUUACUUGCUCUGUUUGUAAGAAGAGUUUCUCCAGAAAGCAAAUCAUGACCACACACAUGAGAACACACACUGGAGAGAAACCUUUUGCUUGCUCAGCUUGUGCUAAAAGAUUCAACACUAAGAAGAAAAUUAUAUUACACAUGAGAACACACACUGGGGAGAAACCUUUUGCUUGAUUAGUGUUAAAAUAAUUAUGUAUAUAUUAUCACACUAAAUUUAGUAUCCUUAAAGUCUGUUGCUUUAGUUAUUAGUUAUUGUGCUCAAGAUAGACUUUUCUAUUUGUGCAAGGACAAAAACUUCUUGUCUGAGGGGUGGCCUCAGCCACAGAUGUUAUCUUUGUUUUAGCCCGCUAAACGCCAAGGAGUUCAAGGACCUCAACGAAGAUAAGACGACAACGCGCAGACGAAGCAGAGACUUUAAGUACCUCAAUGAAGAUAAGAUGACAACACGCAGACGAAGCGGAGACAAGGCGAAAUUACAAGGCCCCCACCACAUUCUGUCACGUAUUGUGCGUCCUGGACCUGCUUUGCAUAGUAUAUGUGACCACUCCUUUUAGAGGCGGCCUCAGUGAUGAUGACUGUGGAACUCUUGAAUAAAUAGAGGGACGC